AUGGCCGGCCCAAAUUUGGUCACCGCCCUCCGCGGCUUCAAGAUCCGCACUUCGACGCUCGACAAGUUCCUGAUCGCCCAUGGCAAGCCCCACGGAACAAACUCCGGUACCAUCCCACCAAUCUACAAGUACGAUGACAACGGAAACGCUACCGAUGAGAUCUCGGAGGUUCUGCGUGCACAGAUAGAAGCGGUCGCCGGGAAGAGCAGCAGUCCCGCCACUGUCCUGCUCGUGAUGCCGUCUGUUGAGGGCCACGACCCCUCCUCCUGGGCUUAUGUAGCCUACAGCUACGCACAAGUUUACGCCCAGCGCCACAUAACCCCUCAAGACCCUUCAGAGCAGAUGCCCCAAGGGUUUGAAGAGCUGAGGCAGGAUGUGCUCAAGUACAGCUCGAGUUCAGAGGAGAAUGACGAAGGCUUGGUGGGUCUUUUUGUCGUCAUCACGGAGGCCCGGGCAGGUCCAACUCCACCAGAGCUCCUAGAACGUGAUCAGAAUUAG